CUAUGCACUCUGGGAAUAACAGUUCAUGCCACAAAUAUUACAUUCGCAAGUUUUCGAUUUCGGUCAUCGUUGGUAUCGGAGGUGUUCUGCAAACUUGUGAUGAGGAUUUAUAAUUAUCAUUUGUUUUCCCGUCGUUUAAAGCUGGCAACAAAUUACUUUCACUUUGUUUUACACCACGGACGUCAGAAAUAAUUCAUGGAUAUUACAUUUUGGACUACGUGUUAUUAGGUAGCAUCUAUCUAACUUGCUAACUAAGUUAGCUAGCUACUGUACCUUACUAUAUAGCUAGCAAUGUGAACGAGAGAAAGGUCUGAAGCUAGCUAACUGUUAUGAAAAGCUCGUAGCUAUGUGUAGCUAAUAUACUGUUGUUGGCUAGCUAGCCAAAGACAGGCAUUUGAUACAAUGUUGUUCAGCUAGAGCUGAGUGGAACUUGCUUAGAAGCUUGGUCUAACUUAACGUACUCGAAUAAUACUCCGUUAUUUUAGCUAGCUAACGUUACUUGCAAUAACUUAAAGGAAACCAUUUAUAUUGUUUGCUACCUAGCUAGCAUUCUUCUGACUGCAGUUUUCAAACCAGAUAGAUAGCAAGAUUACAUCCUUGAGAAGUCUGUCGCCAGCCAAGUUGAUCGUCUUAGGUAUUUUCGUUGAAAGUUGAGCCUCAAUCAGGAACCAGGAUAUUAUUGACAAGAGGCUAACAUUAGCUUGCAUACUGUUUCAGUGGUUGAACUUGUGCUGUGAAGACUAGCUCCCAUUGCUAUAAUAGCUGGAUCUAGUCCUGACAGGGACUUUCUUGCAAAGAUCAUCAUACCAUGUUUUUCUACUGGUCUUACUUUCAAGGGGCCAUUGUUAUUAGCUAAAUAUAUAGCUAGCUAACCAAGUCAGUUGCUGAGGAUGCCUGACUCAGAAAUGCGUCUUUCAAAUGCUGGUUUGGGAGAAUUGGACUCAGAUAGUCUCCCUUCAAAUUCCGGUUUGGGAGACUUGCAGUGGUUUUGCAUUGUUACACUGUUCAUUGCCUCCAUCAUUACAUUGAUACUGUAUCUAGUACAGUAUUAUUACAGCGAUCAACGGAUACAGACGACUGAGCAAAACAAUGUGGUUUCGGAGGAAGCGGACGCUCUGUUGGGAUGGGCUCUUUCACUGAACAGUUGGGAAAGUAAAUGGAGAGGGGCUUGGUGCAGAGCUUUGAAUGACGAAUCGAAGAAGUCUGGGUGCCCAGUGCAACUAACAUUAGAAGAGGAUGGCCUUCAGUCAUCAGAGCUGGUGGUUGGCCAAGUGUCCAGCUUCAAGAAGUCUGCUGGUCAGAAGGCUGCACAAUGCAAGGUGAUUGGGGACAAGCUUCAGUUCUCCCUCAGUGCCUCACCAUCAGCCAUGUCUCCAGGAGAGCCCUGUAGGUACAGCGUGAAGAUAUCUACACUUGAACUGCAGUUGAACUUGCAGAUGAGGGAGGCUGAAGGUCAGGUCCAGGUGGGCUGGGGGGUGUCCCAUCUGGAGACAUGGGACCUGCAGCUCACCCCCAUCUUCACACCGGACAAUGCCACAGGCCCCAGUGUGGCUGCAGUAAAGGACAGGCUGAGACAGCUACUGUGUGUGGUGCGUCCCUCCGUGAUGCUGAGUUGCAGGCCUGCUCAGGCCACAGAGGUCAAGGAGGCCAAUAACAAGGUGACAUCACCGCCCAAGCCCCCCCGCGCUCAUGACUGGAAGCUGCUGGUGAAGAAUAUCCGGGUGACGUGUAAGGAGCAGGAGGAUGGUGCUGCAGGCAGUACGAAUCCCCUGUGUGUGCUGCAGCUAGACGACCCUCCACAGAAAUUCUCCACUUUAGUCCUACAGAACACAGCCAGCCCAGCCUGGGACCAGCCCUUCAUCUUUGAGCUGAAUGGACGAUCAAAAGAGCUCAAUAUUCAGCUGCUGGAUGAUGGGAAACCUCAGGAGAACUCCAUACUGGGUCAAGUGUCCGUGCCUUUUGAUCUGGUGAAGAAGCAGCCCAAAGGACCGCAAACAUUUGCACUCAUGACCAAAGACCAAGUGACUGGGUCACUUACUACUGAGUUUACCUACCUGGAACCCAGUGAGGUGCGGUCUUGGCAGCCCCCUACUCCAGCCCCCACUAAGAGAGUGGAGAUGGACCGCACGGUCAUGCCCUGCGGUACUGUGGUCACCACAGUCACUGCAGUGAAGAGUAAACCAGGACAACUACUACUGCCUGGACUCAGCAUAAAUACAACCCAGCAGACUCCCUCCAAUCCUCCCAGCGGCACCAUGUCCAAGGUGUCUGGACGGAGGGUGUCAGAGAAGCCGUCCAUGCUGGGGACCAUGGGGAGCAAGGCCUUGUCGUCCUCUGACACAGAGCUGCUCAUGCUCAACGGGACCGACCCUGUGGCCGAGGCCGCCAUCCGCCAGCUCCAGGAGUCCGCCAAGCAGAAGCUCAAGUCCCCGGUCAAGAAGAGCACCAUCAUCAUCUCAGGAGUGACCAAGACUCCUCUGUCUCAGGAUGAUGAGAUGGCUCUGAUGGCAGGCUACGCUGCUGCGAUGGACGCCUCUAUGUCAGAUGGGGGAUCUCAGGAGAUUGCUGUGGCAACUGCGUCAGUAGUAAAAGCCAGUAGCAACCCCCCGGAGGUGUCGUCGGACCCCCAGGAGGGCCCCAGUGGAGUGUCCCAGGCUCAAGCCCAGCAGGUCCCGGAGGACUGGGAGUGCCAAGCAGGAGAGGACACAGACAGAGAUGCAGACAAAACCUCAAUGUCACUCUGCAUCUCAGAGUCUGGAUCCAAAAAGAGCAGAGGAGGCAGCUUCCUGCACAGGAGUGCCAAGCUGUUCUUCCGCCGGCGCCGCCAGUGCAAGGACCCGGGGAUGAGCCAGUCGCACAACGACCUGGUGUACCUGGAGCAGCCUGUGACGGUAGAACGGGAGAAACGCACGGCCACCUUCAGCCGGAUGCUGAACCGCAAGCUGCUGCCCAAGAGCAAAGCCAACGGCUCCACCACCACCACCACCACCCAAACCCUGACACCCGCUCCUACCCCGGGGGAGCAGCAUGCAGCAUGACCCCCCUCCGAUAGUCCGCCAGCCGCCCCCGCUACUGCCUCUACCCCCUCCUCUAGACCUCCAGCCCCCCACUCCACCACCCGUACCACCCUCUCCUUCCCCUCCGAUAGUCCUCCAGCCCCCCACUCCACCACCCGUACCACCCUCUCCUUCCCCUCCGAUAGUCCUCCAGCCCCCCACUCCACCACCCGUACCACCCUCUCCUUCCCCUCCUCUAGUCCUCCAACCCUCCACUCCUCCACCCCUACCUCUCUCUCCUUCCCCUCUGAUAGUCCUCCAGCCCCCCACUCCUCUCCUUCCCCUCUGAUAGUCCUCCAGCCCCCCACGUCGCCUCCACCUCUACCACCUUGCACUGACUAAGAGACCCCACUUCCCAAUCCGUGAAUCUUCCAUUACUGGUUGGAAGGCAGUAUGGAGGUAAAAUAUUCUCUUCAUCGCCCUCCCUCCUGCUCUUCCUCAACUCUCACUUUUUUUUGGAGCAAAAUAUUUGAUAAAGAGAGUGUGUUUUUGGGUAAUGAUAAUUUUUUUAAUGUCAUGAUAAUUUUUUGGCAACAUUCUUGCAACAUAUUCUGUAUUUGUGGCCUUCUAAACCAGAAUAACUACUGGUGGCCAACCUGCACCCUCAUCCUAUUAGAGAGGGUAGUAACACAGAUAGAACAAUGAGCCAGAUAUUUCACCGGAUGUAUAAAUGUGAAGCAUCUGGUUGGUGUUUCCACUCACUACCAAAUAUGGUGAUGAGAGGAAGCUCAGUGGUCAUCAGUGGGAGAAGAUUUUGUGAGAUGGAUUUUGGCUAACAUUCUGCUAAUUUUCUCAUGGAAGAAACAUUUGAUCUCCAUACAGUUUUCUGUUUCCAAAACUAGAAUCUGUAAC